GUUGACUCGCUGUAGUUUGUCUUAUUUCGCGGGAGAGUUGUGACACUUGUUUGAAAUAAACAUACGAUUUAAACAAUUUUUCUAUUAAUAACACGAUGAGUCUGUGGGUGGACAAAUAUCGGCCGAAUUCUCUUGGAAAGCUCGACUUUCACAAAGAACAAGCGGCUCAGUUGAAAAACCUGGUGCAAUGUGGAGACUUUCCACACUUGUUGGUCUACGGUCCUCCAGGUGCCGGAAAGAAAACUCGCAUCAUGUGCCUUCUGAAAGAGCUGUAUGGAGCUGGAGUGGAGAAGCUCCGCAUAGAGCACCAAUCCAUUGUGGCUCCUUCAAAGAAAAAGAUUGAGAUCAAUACAAUAGCCAGCAACUACCACCUGGAAGUUAACGCAAGUGAUGCCGGUAACCAGGACCGUGUGGUGAUUCAAGAGCUGAUUAAAACUGUCGCUCAGUCUCAACAGAUCCAGUCAAGUACCCAGAAAGAGUUCAAAGUGGUGCUGCUAACAGAAGUGGACCGACUCACAAAGGACGCUCAGCACGCUCUGCGUCGAACUAUGGAGAAGUACAUGGCGACCUGCCGUCUCAUCCUUUGCUGUAACUCCACCUCAAAGGUCAUUGGGCCAAUUCGGAGCCGUUGUCUGGCCAUUAGAAUUCCUCUGCCCAGCACAGAGGAGGUCUGUAAUGUUCUGUCAGCAGUCUGUAAAAAGGAAGGAUUGCUCCUCCCACCGGAGCUGGCAAAGCAGAUCACUGAGAAGUCUGGACGCAACCUCCGUAAAGCCUUACUGAUGUGUGAGGCCUGCAGAGUGCAGCAGUAUCCAUUCUCAGUGGACCAAAAUGUGCCAGAAACAGACUGGGAGGUUUAUCUCAGAGAAACGGCAAAUGCCAUCGUCAGCCAACAAAACCCUCAGAGGUUGAUGGAGGUUCGAGCCCGACUGUACGAGCUGCUGACGCACUGCAUCCCUGCAGAAAUCAUCAUGAAGGGUCUGGUUAAAGAGUUGUUGUGCAACUGUGAUGGUCAGCUAAAGACUGAGGUGGCCCACAUGGCAGCCUUCUAUGAACACAGGCUGCAGCUGGGUAACAAAGCCAUCUACCACCUGGAAGCCUUCACUGCCAAAUUCAUGGCCAUGUACAAGAAAUUCAUGGAAGAUGGUCUGGAUGCUAUGAUGUUUUGAUUUUUGAGGUGGACUCAAACACAUGCAUGUUCUGACAGGAUUUACAGGUAGCUCACAUGAUUCCAAAAUUUCGUGUCGGGCAUCCAACUCACUCCAUAACAAAUUUUCUAAUAGCUUUGGUAUGUCUGAUAAUGACUGGUAAAUUUAAUUAUAUUCAAAAGAGAAAAACAGCAGGUAUGACCACCUGAAAAUAUCAGAUCGUUACAAAUACUUACUAUUUUACAUUGAAAGUCUUUUUUUUUCCAGUGUAGAUUAAUGAAACAUCUUUCAAUAAAUGUUUAAUAAUUUUUCUGCAGCCAGUCUUAAUGUUCAGCUCACAGUUCAUUUAUCACAAAGUUCACAUGUACACAA